AUGUGUAAGGACAGAGGAAAGUCCUGCUCUUACACCUACCCCAGUGACCUGACCAUUACACAAGUGUACUGGACAAAACACAACUAUAAGGAUCCUCCUCCUCUUCGUGAUGACCCAGACUACAGGAACAGAAUCAGUGAGGGCUGUGAACAGGGAACUACAAGAUACGCCCCACAGACAUCAGUGUCUAUCAGUCCCCCUGGUGACAUACAGGAAGGCACAGACGUGACUCUGACCUGCACCAGCACAUCUGAUCUAGUGAGGAGCUACAGCUGGAGCAAGUCUGGUACCCCUAGAGCCCUGGGCACUGAAGAAACAUACACCAUCAAACACAUCACAUCUAAAGACAGUGGACAAUAUAACUGUUGGUUAAAGUAUGAAUGUGGCUUCCGAUACUCAUCCACUCAUCUCCAGGUUUCAUACCGUCCAAAGAAUACAGUGGUUGUGAUUGAGCCUCCUGGGCAGAUAACUGAGGGAAGCACAGUGACUCUGACCUGCAGCACUGAUGCCAACCCACCAGCACAUGACUACAGAUGGAACAAGAACGGGAUGAGCACACAUCUGGACAACAGACAGACGUUAUCCUUCAGCCCUGUCCGCUAUGAGGACAGAGGAGAGUACAGCUGUCAGGCCACUAACAACUAUGGUUCCACCGCCUCUCCAUCUACAUCACUGCGUGUUUUAUAUCCUCCAAAGAACACAAGAAUCAAGUCUAUUCCAUCUGGUGAAAUGAUUGAGGGAAGCACAGUGACUCUGACCUGCAUGAGUGAAGCUGACCCACCAGUACACACAUACACCUGGAUCAAGAAGAGUGGAGCUGUAGAACUGAAGUCAGGAAAGGAGAAGACACUCAUCAUCAUCAAGAUCCGUUCUGAGGACCGUGGAGAGUAUCUCUGUCAAGCAGCCAACAGGAUUGGUCAACAGGACUCUCCUGCUGUGUCUGUCCAAGUGAUAUAUACUCCAAAGAACACCUCAGUCUCUGUCAGACCUGAUGUGAUAACAAAGGGCAGUUCAGUGAAUCUGACCUGCAGCAGUGAUGCAAACCCACCAGUGGAGAUCUACACUUGGUUUAAGGUGGGUGAGUCCACUCCAGUAGGAUCAGGACAGCAGUACAGAUCUGAGGAUGGAGGACAGUACUACUGUGAGGCCAGGAAUAAAUAUGGAGCUGGCGAAAUCAUCUAUUGUGUCAGUCAUAGUUUGAAAGGUAUCAGUGUGUCUUCUUGUUUCUCCCAAUGA